AGGGGUGCCUGGCCCGGCGCCCCCGCGGGGAUGUCUCGCCGCAAGCAGCGCAAACCCCAGCAGCUCAUCUCGGACUGCGACGGGUCCACGGGCUCCGAGAACGGGGACACAAGUGAUGAGGCACCCCCAUCCUGCCCCACAGAGCUGGCUGCCCACCGGGACACUUGUCACCCCAACCAGCCCCUUCCCUCCUCCUCCUCUUCAGCCAACGGGCAAGACAGCGCUGGCUCUUCCUCCUCCUCCUCCUCUUCCUCCUCGGAGCCCCGGCCCGACAGCCCCCCAAGCAUGGAGACAGAGACGGGUCCUCUGGCCAGCAACCCCUUGGCCCCGGAGCCGCUCCCUCCUCCACCGCCACCGCCGCUGGCUCUGCCGGCUGCUCCCCCGCACUCUGGGCACCUCAACAUCCCCUUGAUCCUGGAGGAGCUGCGGGUGCUCCAGCAGCGCCAGCUGCACCAGAUGCAGAUGACGGAGGAGAUCUGCCGGCAGGUGCUGUUGCUUGGCUCCCUGGGGCAGCCGGCCGCCUCAGCCCCCGCCCCAGAGCCAGCCUCAGGGGCCUCCCACCAGGCCAAGGCCCCCUUGCCCGUCUUCUCCAUUAAGUCUGAGCCAGUGAGGACCCAGGUGUCAGGCUCCCCAGAAGUGCCCAAGCCCACCUUCUUCCACCUCUACCACCCUUUCCCUGGCAGCGCCAGGGGCCCCAAAGUGGAGCCCAUCCUGGCCCCGGCAUUCCCUUCCACGGGACUUCUGGCCGCCCAGUGUCUGGGGGCGGCGCGGGGCCUGGAGCAGGCCACCUCCCCAGGGCUGCUGCGGCAGAAAAACGGGGCCGGGGGGGCCGAGGUGGGGCUGGAGGAGAAGCCAGGGGGUCGGCACAAGUGCCGCUUCUGUGCCAAGGUCUUCGGGAGCGACAGUGCCCUGCAGAUCCACCUGCGCUCCCACACGGGCGAGCGCCCCUACAAGUGCAACGUCUGUGGCAACCGCUUCACCACCCGGGGGAACCUCAAGGUGCACUUCCACCGGCACCGGGAGAAGUACCCACAUGUCCAGAUGAACCCCCACCCAGUCCCCGAGCACCUCGACUACAUGCUGACCGGCGCCGGGCUGCCCUAUGGCAUGUCGGUGCCGCCCGAGAAGGCUGAACCAGGCGAGGAAGCGGUGCCCCCUGAGCGCAAGGGGCUGAGUGCCACUGAGAGUCUGACGCUGCUCUCGGGCACUGCUGCCGGGGGUGCAGCCGCCGCUCAGACCCUGCCCAUCUUCAACAAGCUGGUGCUGAUGAAAGCGGCCGAGGGGCGGGGCAAGGGGGACGAGAACACGCCGCCAGGGAGGGAAGCAGAAGGAGCACGGGUGCCCCUGGGCAAGCUGCCCAGCUGGGCCCUGCUGGCCAACCACUUCAAGGCGGGCAGCACUGGCUUCCCCUUCCCCUAUGUGCUGGAGCCGGUGGGAGCCUCCCCCUCGGAGACCUCCAAGCUGCAGCAGCUGGUGGAGAAGAUCGACCGACAGGGGGUCUCGCCCGGAGCUGGCCCGGCGGCUCCCUCGGCCUCUUCGCCGCCCUCCUCUUCCUCCUCGGGGCCCAACCAAUGCGUGAUCUGCCUGCGGGUGCUGAGCUGCCCCCGGGCACUGCGCCUCCACUACGGGCAGCAUGGCGGGGAGCGGCCCUUCAAGUGCAAGGUGUGUGGCCGGGCCUUCUCCACCCGGGGCAACCUGCGGGCGCACUUCGUGGGCCACAAGGCCAGCCCGGCUGCCCGAGCCCAGAACUCCUGCCCCAUCUGCCAGAAGAAGUUCACCAAUGCUGUCAGCCUCCAGCAACACGUCCGCAUGCACCUCGGGGGCCAGAUCCCCAAUGGAGCCCUGCUGCCCGAGCCCCCUGCUGCCCUAGGGGAGGGCACCCGCCAGCCCGAGGUCCCCGCCUCGCAGAGGGAUGAGGAGGAGCUGUCUGAGGAGGAGGAGGAGGAGGAGGAGGGCAGCGAUGAGGACUCACUGGACAGCAGCACGGAGAAGGCCCCGGGGGGCUCAGAGGGGGUGUCCAGCCCAGAGGAGGAAGCAGCCCCGGCUCACACCAAGGAAGAGGAGGAUGCUCGGAAGCUAGAGGUGGGGGGAGCAGCCGAUCCCAGCGCCUCGCCUUCUGGGGGAGGGAGCCCCCCACCUGCCAUGGAGGGAGAAGGAGACCCCAGCACCCAGAAGGCAGAGGGAGGAGGAGACAAAGCACAGGAGGGAGAGGAGGAGGUGGCAGCAGGGGCUGGAGCCGAGGAGCCACGGGCCAGCCAGGCCAAAGAGGGGGUGGCUCUGGCCUGUGGGGUCUGCAAGGAGGGAUUCCCCAACGGGGCAGCACUGCGUAAGCACGCCCUGGCAGCCCACCACCAGGUUCCCCUGGGCAGCACAGCGUGGAGCUGCAGCAUAGCACGGCGUGGCCGGCGUCUGGUCCCAGAGGCCCCAACAGCACUGGGAGGCACAGCAAAGCUGCAGGAGUUCCUGGCACGGGAUGUGCCGACCCAGCUGGUGGGGCCCCUGUCCUUCUGGAACCAGUACACUGCCUUCAUCGCAGGGGGGGCGCUGGCUGCCAAGACCUGCCGGGGCCCCCCCAUCACCGCCACCCCUUCCUCCUCUACUGCACCCCCUGUACUUUUUGGCCCAGCCACUGCGCCCAGCAAGGCGGCCCCCACUGAAGCCAAGGAGAAGCAGGCAGGAGGACUUCCAGCUGCAGGGGAGGCUGCCCCAGAGAGCCAAGGCAAGGCGGAGAAGUAGCCAACAGGCCCUCAGCAGGGGGCACCAGCCCUGGCGUGCUGCAAGAGGCACCAACCCCCACAGGGGGAUCAGGCAUCGGGGACACGGCCCCCACACAACUUUAGUGGCAUUUUAGUCUUUUGCUUUUACCAUAGCUCAGAGGGGACUGGGCGGGAGGCAGGACCCUGGCGCAGGGACCAGGGCUCGUCCCAGCCAUCUUGGACCCAUAGUGAAGCGCCCUCUAGUGUAGAACAAAGGCCCAGCUGCUCUGGCCAGGGUCAGCAGGACUUUGUCUGUGUCCAUCAUUAAAGCAGUUUGACAAAUCCCCA